CCGUGUGCCAAUGGCUUGGGAAUCUUAAAUAUCAAGAAUCAUGUUGCUGGUUGCGGCAUGAUCGCCAUUCGGAUGUCUUGGAGCAAAACGUUAACCAAUAACCAUGCUAUGCGCAAGUCCUUCUCUAUCAGCACCUUCGGGCUCGCCGAACACGGUCCUCGGAUAUGUUGCCAGAGAGCGGGCGGGAAGAACCGCUUGAACGAUGUGCCAUGGCAGCGGAGAACGGUCUCGCAGGGUUUUAACCCGUCUUCGUUUCCAACUCUCCAAGCCAUGGCCACAAUACCUCUAACAACUUAGAGUCUGGUUGAG